AUGGUGAGGCUGUCAGGCUGUAGAGUCACAGAAGAAGGCUGUUCUUCCCUGGCUUCAGCUCUGAGGUCAAACCCCUCACACCUGAGAGAGCUGGACCUGAGCUACAAUCACCCAGGAGACUCAAGAGUGAAGCUGCUCUCUGCUGUACUGGAGGAUCCCAGCUGUAAACUGGAGAAGCUGAAUGUGGAUUACGGUGGAGAGUGCAGGACCAGACCAGGCUUACAGAAAUACUCCUGCCAGCUGACGCUGGACCCCAACACAGCAAACAGAAGCCUGUCUCUGUCAGGGGGGAACAGGAAGGUGACACAUGAGUGGGGGGCAGAGCAGCCAUAUCCUGAUCAUCCAGAGAGAUUUGACAGCUGGUACCAAGUUCUGUGCAGAGAGAGUCUGACUGGCCGCUGUUACUGGGAGGCUGAGUGGGAUGGAGAUGGACCUGAGAUAGCAGUGACUUAUAAAGGGAUCGAGAGGAAAGAAGGGAGUGACUGUCAGCUUGGAUACAAUGACAAGUCAUGGAGUCUGUGCUGUUAUACUGACAGAUACUCUGUCUGGCACAAUAAGAAACACACUGUCAUACCCAUAGAGCCCUCAGGCCCCCGCAGAGUAGGAGUGUAUCUGGACUGGGGGGCUGGUGCUCUGUCCUUCUACAGAGUCUCCUCUGAUGGACUGACCCUCCUGUACAGAUUCACCUCCUCAUUCACUGAGUCCCUCUAUCCAGGGUUUGGGGUUCAUUAUGGAAACUCCUCAGUGUCACUGUGACGUGUUGCUGGUUCUCCUGGCAAAAAGGUAAAAUCUCUGCUUUUUAACCUUUAUAAUCCUUUUUACUCUGAAAUGUACAGAACUGUGCAAAAGUCUUAGGCAGGCAAAGAAAAUGAUGUUUAGAUUAUCCUCCUGUUGGUGUAAAACUAUGAUAUGAUGCCUGUCAAAGUGUGUCAGCUUCGCCAUUUCAGAACCUCUGCUAAAAUCAUCCCAGUAUUUGCAGUGACCGUCCAGUGCAGCCAUGUAUUUUUUGACUUGGCCACUAACACACCUCAUACAGUUAGUCAAUCUCUCACUGACUUUUUAAACCAAUAUAUUUAAUUAUUUAACUGAGCUGUUGGUGAAAUUUAACA